AUGGCCGUCCAAGCAGCCACCGCCGCCGAGGCGCGCACGCAGCUUGCCUACCAGAACAGAUGGAAGUCGCUGGCAAACAACCCCAAGAUUCUCGUCAUUGCCCUCUUUGCAUCCUUUGGAGGUUUUGAGUAUGGAUACCAGCAGGGUGUCCUCGGACAAUCCCUCGUCAUGACGCGCUUCAAGGACAACUUCCCUUCCGUCGUGAACUCAUCCAGCGCGACGGGCUGGUUGACGUCCAUCCUCCAGCUCGGCGGUAUCCUUGGCUCCGUCAGCGCCGGUGUCUUUGGCGAGGUCUUCUCCCGCAAGUACACCAUGUUCUCCGCCUGUCUCUGGGUCGUCCUGGGCAGUUACCUCUACACCGGCGCAAGCUACCACAAGCCUGAGCUCCUCUACGCCGGCCGCUUCUUCACCGGUCUUGGUGUCGGAACCUUUAGUGGUGUCGGUCCCCUGUACAAUGCCGAGCUCGCCGCCCCCGAAAUGCGUGGCUUCAUCGUCUCCUUCUACCAAUUCGCCACCAUUCUCGGGAUUAUGCUCUCCUUCUGGAUCGGAUACGGCAGCAACUACAUCGGCGGCAUCGGCGAGGGCCAGUCCGACCUCGCAUGGAGACUCCCUUCCUACAUCCAGGGUGUCCCCGCCGCCCUUCUCGCCCUCGGAAUCUGGUGGCUGCCCUUCUCCCCUCGCUGGCUCGUGAAGCAGGGCCGCGACGAAGAGGCCGUCAAGACCAUCGCGUACCUCCGCAAGCUCCCCGAGGAUAGCGAGCUUGUCCAGGUUGAGUUCAAGGAGAUCAAGGCCGAGGCCCUCUUCGAGCAGCGCUCGUUCCAGAAGGCGUUCCCUCAGUUGGCCGAAAAGGAGAAGACGAGCGUUUGGAUGCGCGAGGUUGCGCAGUACUGGCGUAUUCUCCGCUCCUGGGACCAUUUCAAGCGUGUUGCGUAUGCUUGGCUGGUCAUGUUCUGGCAACAGUGGUCCGGUAUCGACGCCAUCAUCUACUACGCCAGCAACGUCUUCCAGAGCCUCGGUCUUACCGGCGGCACGACUGCUCUCUUGGCCACUGGUGUCACCGGUGUCGUCUUCUUCAUCAGCACCCUUCCUGCCAUGGCCAUCAUCGACAAGGUCGGCAGAAAGCCCAUCCUGAUUGUUGGUUCCAUCGUCAUGUUGAUCUCCAUGGUCAUCCCUGGUAUCAUUGUCGCCAAGUUCAGCCACGACUGGCCGGGCCAUCCUGUUGAGGGAUGGGUUGCCGUCGCCUUCAUCUGGAUUUACAUCGCCGGUUUUGGAGCUUCGUGGGGCCCCGUCUCAUGGACCCUUGUUUCCGAGAUCUUCCCCCUCUCCAUCCGCGCCAAGGGUGCUUCCAUCGGCGCAUCAAGCAACUGGCUCAACAACUUCGCCGUAGCCUUCUACGUCCCAUCCAUGCUCGAGAGCUGGAAGUGGGGAACCUACAUCUUCUUCGCCGUCUUCCUCGGCGCCAGCAUCAUUUGGGUGCACUUCGCCUUGCCCGAGACCAAGGGAGCCACCCUUGAGGAGAUGGACCGUGUCUUUGGCAGCAACGCGGGUGCCGAGGACAGCGUUUUGCUCGAGCAGGCUAGACGGGAUGUCGGCCUGACUGAGGACCUGGAGGACAGCGCUAUCCACGCUGAGAAGAAGGGGCUUCACGAGUCUCACCACGAGUCUGCUUGA